AUGAGUUUCACACAAUCCAUAUCGCGAUGGGCUUCUGUCCUCCUCCUGCUAUGCUUAGGGCUGGCGCACGCUCACACCGUCAUCACUUACCCCGGUUAUCGAGGAAACAACUUGCACACCAACGGCACCAUUGAACAAGCUCAUGGUCUUGGUGUCGGCUAUGAUGCGAAAAAUGGCUCAUUAACCUACCCAUAUGGCAUGCAGUGGAUUUAUCCUUGUGGUGGCAUGCCCAUGUCGACCAACCGAACCAAGUGGCCCGUCAGCGGUGGUGCUGUCGCCUUCCAGCCGGGCUGGUUCCCAGGCCACGCCACUGCCCUGAUAUAUAUCAAUCUCGGCUUCGGCGAAGUCCCCCAAAACAUGAGCCACCCAGUCGUCCCGCCUUUCCAGCUUGUCGGCCCGACCAACAACCCUUACCCCGGUACCGUCUGUCUGCCCCAGGUGCCCCUGCCGCCCAAUAUCACCGUCAGCCCGGGUGACUAUGCCACAAUUCAGCUGGUCGAGGUCGCCAAGCACGGCGCUUCGCUAUACAAUUGCGUGGAUAUUGAGUUCGCAGAGGAUGGUGAUGCGUCCGUAGAGGCGGUCACUCGCGACAAUUGCUUCAAUUCAUCCGCCAUCACAUUCGAGUACAUGUACACCACCAGUUCCAUUGGUUCAGGUGCUGCCAUGCUACAGCCGAGACUGUCGGCUGUGGCUAUUGUGCCGCUAUUGCUGGCUGUCGCAUUCGGCGUGUACAUGUAG